AUGAUUUCAUCGAUCGCAUCUCGGCUGGAGAUCUUAGCCGAUAUCGCCGAUCAAGUGGAACAUAAUGGAGAAAAUACUCAACAAUUGUUUUUCAAAUACCUUCUUCAAUCAAUUGAAAAAAAGCAAAACAAACCCGUUGAGAUCGCGAGAAAAUUAACUGAUCAAUCGCCAUCAUCGAUACAAAACAAAUUCAAUCAGAUUUCACAGUUACGUGCCAGGCAUUCACCAUCCAAUAUUGAUCUUUGUAAACAUUCGAAAUCGAAUAUCAGUCAAACAGAUGUUUAUUUUGACAGAAGAAAAAAAAAUAAUGAGGCUGCUAAACGCAGCCGUGAUGCACGCCGAGUUAAAGAAGAUCAAAUAGCAAUGAGAGCUACUUGGUUAGAACAAGAAAAUCUUCAACUUCGACUGGAGAAUGCGCAUUUAAAACAAGAGAAUCUUCGACUUCGUUCUCAAAUUCAUCACUCAACUGAUUCUUAA